CCAGGUGUAGAUCUGAUCCGGACUAUAUUUCCCAGAAGGCGUCGCGGCUUGAGACGCCCUGUCGGGUCCUAGGCAUCUUGGCGGCGGUUGGUGGAGCGGACUUGGGAGUCCGUCUUCGUCGCUGCCUGCGUGUUUACCUGUAGUGCCGCCCGGAGCUCUCCUCACCUGUCCGUUUCGUUGUGACCAGAUUUCCGCGGAGCACAGGGCCACAGCACGAACCCUGCCUCAGAUCGGGCGUCCGCCGAGGCUGGCACGCCCCUCCGCGUCUUCCCGCGGCUCGGCAAGGACCCCGUCCAGGCUGCAGUCGCCUCGUCGCCAUGGCGCCCACUAUCCAGACCCAGGCCCAGCGGGAGGAUGGCCACAGGCCCAAUUCCCACCGAGCUCUGCCUGAGAGGUCUGGAGUGGUCUGCAGAGUCAAAUAUUGCAACAGCCUACCUGACAUCCCCUUUGAUCCCAAGUUCAUUACCUACCCCUUCGACCAGAACAGGUUUGUCCAGUACAAAGCAACUUCCUUGGAGAAACAGCACAAACAUGACCUCCUGACUGAGCCGGACCUGGGAGUCACCAUUGAUCUUAUUAACCCUGAUACCUACCGCAUCGAUCCCAAUGUGCUCCUAGACCCAGCUGAUGAGAAGCUUUUGGAAGAGGAGAUUCAGGCACCCACAAGCUCUAAGAGAUCCCAACAACAUGCGAAGGUGGUGCCAUGGAUGCGGAAGACAGAGUACAUCUCGACUGAGUUCAACCGUUAUGGCAUCUCCAAUGAGAAGCCUGAGGUCAAGAUUGGAGUUUCUGUGAAGCAACAGUUCACUGAGGAGGAAAUCUACAAAGACAGGGAUAGCCAGAUCACAGCCAUUGAGAAAACUUUCGAGGAUGCCCAGAAAUCUAUCUCCCAGCAUUACAGCAAGCCGAGAGUGACACCGGUGGAGGUCAUGCCUGUUUUCCCCGACUUUAAGAUGUGGAUCAACCCAUGUGCUCAGGUAAUCUUUGACUCAGACCCAGCCCCUAAGGACACAGGUGGUGCAGCUGCAUUGGAAAUGAUGUCUCAAGCCAUGAUCAGGGGCAUGAUGGAUGAGGAAGGAAACCAGUUUGUGGCCUACUUCUUGCCUGUGGAAGAGACAAUGAAGAAACGAAAGCGGGACCAGGAGGAAGAAAUGGACUAUGCUCCAGAUGAUGUGUAUGAUUACAAGAUUGCUCGGGAAUACAACUGGAAUGUGAAGAACAAGGCUAGCAAGGGCUAUGAGGAAAACUAUUUCUUCAUCUUCCGAGAGGGUGAUGGGGUUUACUACAAUGAGUUGGAGACCAGAGUCCGCCUGAGUAAGCGCCGGGCAAAGGCUGGGGUUCAGUCUGGUACCAAUGCUCUGCUUGUAGUCAAACACAGGGAUAUGAAUGAGAAGGAAUUAGAAGCCCAGGAGGCAAGAAAGGCCCAGCUGGAGAACCAUGAACCCGAAGAAGAGGAGGAGGAGGAGAUGGAGAUAGAAGAGAAAGAAGCCGGGGGCUCAGAUGAAGAACGAGAGAAGGGCAGCAGCAGUGAAAAAGAAGGCAGUGAAGAUGAACGCUCUGGCAGUGAGAGUGAACAGGAGGAAGGUGACAGAGAGGAGGCAAGUGACAAGAGUGGCAGUGGCGAGGAUGAGAGCAGUGAGGAUGAGGCCCGGGCCGCCCGAGACAAAGAGGAGAUCUUCGGCAGUGAUGCUGACUCGGAGGAGGAUGCUGACUCUGAUGAGGAGGACAGAGGCCGGGCCAACGGCAGUGAUAAUGAUUCAGACAGCGGCAGCGAUGGGGGUGGCCAGCAGAGCCGCAGCCACAGUAGGAGUAGGAGCCGCAGCCGCAGCCGCAGCGCCAGUCCCUUCCCCAGUGGCAGCGAGCACUCGGCCCAGGAGGAUGGCAGUGAAGCCGCAGCUUCCGAUUCCAGUGAAGCUGACAGUGACAGUGACUGAAGUGACUGAGUCCCAGGGCCUUCAGGGCUGGCACAGCUGUGAUUAUUCUGCGCAGGAAGGCACUUUUCCAGUGGUCUCUUUGCAGGCCCCUCACUUUUGUUUUCCUCUUUGGUUGUUAAUAAAGUCAUCUCUUUACUAAC